AGCACCAAUCAGAGCAUCACCUCCUCCCUGCACAACGGAGAAGCCUCACAGAAGCUUAGCACGCAGGUCAAAGGUCAAACCAAAACAAGCUAUGAGCUUAAAUACAAGCGCCCCCCACCCCGCCCCCCAGCCUGGGCUCAGGGGCUGGGAUGGGCCUCCCCUUCUCCCCUCCUCCCCCCUCACCUCAGCCGCUGUCUUCUGCAACUCCUGAAGCUGAGAGAAAAGAGGAAGGAAAGGGAGGAGUAGUGGAGAGAGAAGAGAGGAAGUUGGCGUUAACAUCACCUCCCCCGUCGAGGCCUCCCGUCCCCCCGCAGGGCCGAGCUGCUCCCCCUCUGCCUCCUGCUCCUCUCUGUCGCACCUCUCCCUCCAGAAAAAGCUCUGAGCGAGUGGCAGGAGAAGGGACAGAGAGAGAGAAGGGACAAAAUGCUGCGAAGAAAGCCGAGAGAGAGGAGGGAGGAGAGCAGGGGGAGAGAAGGAAAAGUAAAUCGGGUCUGCUGUUUGAGCAGGACAGCAGGGACCAGCACCAAGCGGUGGAGGAGGAGGAGGAGAAGGAGGGAGAAGGACGAGGCAACGAGGAGGAGAAGGAGGACAAAGUGAGAGCCAGCCCCCCGUGCCCCCCACCGGGAAAGAAACCGUCCCGCCCAGUACCUCCACCGAGGAAGAAACCCACCUCACCCAACUCACCUGCGUCCCCCAACCAGCCCAGAGGAGCCAAUCAGAGCGCUCCGAUCAAAGUGCCCCCUGCAUCCCCAGCACGGCGGCCGGAUGUGUCGCUGUACUCGCCACAGGGGGGCGCUAUUCUGGCAACCCAGCCCGACUCCAGCUCCACUAGCAGCGCAGAGGAAGACGUAGAGCUGAACCAGGAACUGGAGCAAAACCACAGCCGCCUGGCAGAGAGUCGCAGCCCCAAAGCAGCCGUCAGACGAACCUCCACCACCGUGAUGUUGGACAGAGCCCGCUACCGUCUGUCCACCGUCCUCACCGGGCUCAUCAGCCACGAGCGCCGCCUCACGCAGCGCAUCGUGGAGCUCGCCAGGGACCCUUUCAGCUACUUUGGCAACCUGGUGAAGGAGCACCGCGCCUUCACCCUGGAGACGAUGUCGAGCCACUCGUCCUCCACCGAGAUGCUGCAGGAGAUCCGACAGAUGAUGACUCAGCUGAAGAGCUACCUGCUGCAGAGCACGGAGCUGCAGGCCAUGCUGGAGCCGCAGCACCAGUACACGCAGGACAAACUUGAGAGCAUCGUGGAAGCUGCUCUGUGUAAGAGCGUCCUGAAGCCCCUGAAGGAGUCCAUCUAUCAGAGGCUGGAGAAGCUGCACACGGGCGACGGCGGCCUCAAACAGCUGGCUCAGAACCAGUCUGUAGUCCUCGGCAGCACCACCACGGCGUUAGGAAUUACCACGGCUGUCCCCGAGGCCUCGUCUAUGGAGAAGAUCAGCAUCAAACUGAACAACCUGCAUCAGGAGUAUUCUCCUCAGAAGAAGAUCGAGCAGCUGUUGAAGGCCUGCAAGAUCAUCUACGACUCCAUGUCCAUCAGCUGUCCAGGGCGGGCCCACGGCGCUGAUGACUUCCUGCCUGUGAUGAUGUACGUCCUGGCCCGGUCCAAUCUGUGCGCCCUGCAGCUGGAUGUAGAGUACAUGAUGGAGCUGAUGGACCCAUCGCUAACGCUGGGAGAAGGUUCCUAUUACCUGACCACCACCUACGGGGCGCUGGAGCACAUUAAGACAUUUGACCAGCAGAGGUCAGCGACGCGCCAGCUCAGCAGAGAGGUCCAGGACUCGAUCCACCGCUGGGAGAGACGGCGCACGUUCAACCAGGAGCGCACGUCUCAGGGAUCAAUACGGGACUUCCUGACGGUGUGCUGCCCCGAGAUCGGAGCAGACCCCAAAACUCUGGGUGUCCUCCCCACGACCACCAUCCAGCAGCUCUCCGAGCAGUGCGCCGCACGCUUCGAGCAAGACUCCUACACCCUCAGCGUGUACAUCGAUGGCGUCCAUCACCCCGUGGCCCAAACAGAGCUCGCCCUCAGCGUGAAGAGCGGCUGCCAGCCAGGAGCCUACUGCUUCGUCUAUCACCCCGCUGAUCAACCCGCCGACGCCCCACCCCGCCGUACCUGUCCCCUCGACCCGCCGCCGGCUCCACCUGUAGAAUGCUUCAUCCCUGCAGACAUGGCGCCCGCUGACACAGAGGAGCCCGGGGUGGAGGAGGAGAGCCUGAUCAGCUUGUAGCUCCUCCCCAAUCAGCAGCAGCGGAGAUGCUGAGAGGGGGAAAGCAAAAACAAAGCGAUGCGUUUCCGCCUCAGGUGUCAUUCGAAGCCUGAUGUGGACGAGAGCGCGCAGGACAACAGGAAGUUCAGCCAUGGUGAGACACGAGCAGUUCGAUGAAACACAAGAAAACAAAGACAGACUGAGCUCACGGCGGGCAGGGGUCUGGAACCCCGCCCACUGCGGCAGGACUCACGUGUAAUGCUAACAUGCACAUAUAUGAUCAUGUUUGUACUGUUUAUGGCCUUUUGAUACACGAUGCUACUCUCUGUGACGAAUUUAACCGAAAGGCAAAGACGACUUUUUGGAAACAAUGUGAAAGGUUUUUGUGUUUCUGAAUCAUUGUCUGUGUGACGUGAGUUUCUAAAACCUGGAAUAAUAUUUAGUAAAAAUGAGAUAUUGUGAUUGGCUGAGUUAGGGGUGACUGUCUGAGGCCUGCUAGAUCCCUCUGUGGUCGGGUAGACUCUGACGUCUCAUCCUCAAGCAAAACCCAACCACACUUCCAAAGGUCGUCUGACGCUGUCCGUGCUGUUAAUAAAGCGCCUGUUACCAA